GUGGUGGAGAAAAAUGCAGAUCCAGAAACAACCCUUUUGGUUUACCUGAGAAGAAAGUUGGGGCUGAGCGGGACCAAGCUUGGCUGCGGAGAAGGGGGCUGUGGGGCUUGCACAGUGAUGCUUUCCAAGUAUGAUCAUCUCCAGAAGAAGAUUGUCCACUUUUCUGCUAAUGCCUGCCUGGCCCCCAUCUGCUCCUUGCACCACAUUGCUGUGACAACCGUGGAAGGAAUAGGAAGCACCAAGACGAGGCUGCAUCCUGUGCAGGAGAGAAUUGCCAAAAGCCAUGGCUCCCAGUGCGGAUUCUGUACCCCUGGCAUUGUCAUGAGCAUGUACACCCUGCUCCGGAACCAGCCCGAGCCUACCAUUGAGGAGAUUGAGAAUGCCUUCCAAGGAAACCUGUGCCGCUGCACAGGCUACAGACCCAUCCUCCAGGGCUUCCGGACCUUCGCCAGGGAUGGUGGAUGCUGUGGAGGAAAUGGGGACAACCCCAACUGCUGCAUGAACCAGAAGAAAGACCAUAUGGUUACUCUCUCACCAUCUUUAUUCAAACCAGAGGAGUUUGCGCCCCUGGAUCCCACCCAGGAGCCCAUCUUCCCCCCAGAGUUGCUUAGGUUGAAAGACAUUCCUCGGAAGCAGCUUCGUUUUGAAGGGGAGCGUGUGACGUGGAUCCAGGCCUCAACCCUGCAGGAGCUGCUGGACCUCAAAGCUCAGCACCCCGAUGCCAAGCUAGUGGUGGGGAACACGGAGAUCGGCAUUGAGAUGAAGUUCAAGAACAAGCUGUUUCCUGUGAUCGUCUGCCCAGCCUGGAUCCCGGAGCUGAAUUCAGUAGAGCAUGGACCGGAGGGUAUCACCUUUGGGGCCGCUUGCACCCUGAGCUGUAUGGAAAAGACCCUAGUUCAUGCAGUUUCUAAGCUUCCUGCCCAGAAAACAGAGGUGUUCAGAGGAGUCCUGGAGCAGCUGCGCUGGUUUGCUGGGAAGCAAGUCAAGUCUGUGGCGUCCAUUGGAGGGAACAUCAUCACUGCCAGCCCCAUCUCCGACCUCAACCCUGUGUUCAUGGCCAGCGGGGCCAAGCUGACCCUUGUGUCCAGAGGCACCAGGAGAACUAUUCAGAUGGAUCACACCUUCUUCCCUGGCUACAGAAAGACCCUGCUAAGUCCGGAGGAGAUACUGCUCACCAUAGAAAUCCCCUACAGCAGGGAGGGUGAGUUUUUCUCAGCCUUCAAGCAGGCCUCCCGGAGAGAAGAUGACAUUGCCAAGGUGACCACAGGCAUGAGAGUCCUAUUCAAGCCAGGAACCACAGAGGUAAAGGAGCUGGCCCUUUGCUAUGGCGGAAUGGCCGACAGAACCAUCUCAGCCCUCAAGACCACUCAGAAGCAGCUGGCCAAGUUCUGGAAGGAGGAGCUGCUGCAGGACGUGUGUGCGGGGCUGGCGGAGGAGCUGCACCUGUCCCCCGAUGCCCCCGGCGGCAUGGUGGACUUCCGGCGCACCCUCGCCCUCAGCUUCUUCUUCAAGUUCUACCUGACAGUGCUCCAGAAGCUGGGCAAAGACAACCCAGAGGAUAAGUGCGGAAAACUGGACCCUACCUUUGCCAGUGCCACUUUACUCUUUCAGAAAGACCCUCCGGCCAACGUCCAGCUCUUCCAAGAGGUGCCCAAGGGUCAGUCCGAGGAGGACAUGGUGGGUCGGCCCCUGCCCCACCUGGCCGCGGACCUGCAGGCCUGCGGGGAGGCCGUGUACUGUGACGACAUCCCUCGCUACCAGAAUGAGCUGUCUCUCCGGCUGGUCACCAGCACCCGGGCCCACGCCAUGAUCAAGUCCAUAGAUACUUCAAAAGCAAAGGAGGUACCAGGGUUUGUUUGCUUCCUCUCAGCUGGUGAUAUUCCUGGGAGUAACAUAACUGGCAUUUGUGACGAUGAAACAAUCUUUGCAAAGGAUGAGGUUACAUGUGUUGGGCACAUCAUUGGUGCUGUGGUUGCCGACACCCCAGAACAUGCACAGAGAGCUGCUCAGGGGGUGACAAUCACCUAUGAGGAUCUUCCAGCCAUUAUCACAAUCGAGGAUGCUAUAAAGAACAACUCCUUUUAUGGAUCUGAGCUGAAGAUUGAGAAAGGAGAUCUCAAUAAGGGGUUUUCUGAAGCAGAUAAUGUUGUUUCAGGAGAGUUGCACAUCGGUGGCCAAGAGCACUUCUAUCUGGAGACUCACUGCACCAUCGCUGUCCCAAAAGGCGAGGCAGGGGAGAUGGAGCUCUUUGUGUCUACGCAGAACACCUCGAAGACCCAGAGUUUUGUUGCAAAAAUGUUGGGGGUUCCAGCAAACCGGAUUUUGGUCCGAGUGAAGAGAAUGGGAGGAGGCUUUGGAGGGAAGGAGACCCGGAGCACUUUAGUGUCCACGGCGGUGGCCCUGGCUGCACACAAGACUGGCCACCCUGUACGCUGCAUGCUGGACCGUGAUGAGGACAUGCUGAUAACUGGUGGCAGACAUCCCUUCCUGGCCAGAUACAAGGUUGGCUUCAUGAAGACUGGGAACAUUGUAGCUCUGGAGGUCAAUCACUUCAGCAAUGCAGGGAACACCCAGGAUCUGUCUCAGAGUAUAAUGGAACGAGCUCUAUUCCACAUGGACAACUGCUAUAAAAUCCCCAACAUCCGGGGCACUGGGCGACUGUGCAAGACCAACCUGCCCUCCAACACAGCCUUCCGGGGCUUUGGGGGGCCCCAGGGCAUGCUCAUUGCUGAGUAUUGGAUGAGCGAGGUUGCAGUGACCUGUGGGCUGCCCGCAGAGGAAGUGCGGAGGAGAAACAUGUACAAAGAAGGAGACCUGACACAUUUCAACCAGAAGCUUGAGGGGUUCAACUUGCUCAAGUGCUGGGAUGAAUGCCUAGAGACCUCUCAGUAUCAUGCUCGGAAGAGUGAGGUUGACAAGUUCAACAGGGAGAAUUGUUGGAAGAAGAGAGGACUGUGCAUAAUUCCUACCAAGUUUGGAAUAUGCUUUACACUUCCUUUUCUGAAUCAGGUAGUUGCUUUAUAUAAUUUUUAUUACAAGGGAAAUCCCAUUGUCACUGAAGGCAGCCAAGCCCCAUGAUAACCCCUUCCUAGACAGUGAUGUCUUCUCUUUUCGCAGGUGGCCAGCAGAGCUCUGAAAAUCCCCACAUCUAAGAUUUACAUCAGUGAAACGAGCACUAACACUGUGCCCAACACCUCUCCCACAGCUGCCUCUGUCAGCGCCGACAUCAAUGGCCAGGCCAUAUAUGCAGCUUGUCAGACCAUCCUGGAAAGGCUGGAGCCCUUCAAGAGAAAGAUUCCUGAUGGCUCCUGGGAAGACUGGGUCACAGCUGCCUACACGAGUGCAGUGAGCUUGUCUGCUACUGGGUUUUAUAAGACACCCAACAUUGGCUACAGCUUUGAAACAAACUCAGGGAAUCCCUUCCUCUACUUCUCCUAUGGGGUGUCUUGCUCUGAAGUAGAAAUCGACUGCCUAACAGGGGAUCAUAAGAACCUCCGCACUGACAUCGUCAUGGAUGUUGGCUCCAGUCUGAACCCUGCAAUCGAUAUUGGACAGGUGGAAGGGGCAUUUGUCCAGGGCCUUGGCCUCUUUUCCCUGGAGGAGCUGCAUUACUCCCCUGAGGGGAGCUUGCACACCCGUGGGCCCAGCACCUACAAGAUCCCCGCAUUUGGCAGCAUCCCCACUGAGUUCAGGGUGUCCCUGCUCCGCAACUGCCCCAACAAGAAGGCCAUCUAUGCAUCCAAGGCCGUUGGGGAGCCACCCCUCUUCCUGGCUGCCUCCAUCUUCUUUGCCAUCAAGGACGCCAUCCGUGCCGCUCGAGCUCAGCACACAGAUAAUAACAUAAAGGAACUCUUCCGGCUAGACAGCCCUGCCACCCCAGAGAAGGUCCGCAACGCCUGUGUGGACAGGUUCACUACCCUGUGUGUCACUGGUACACCGGAAAACUGUAAACCCUGGUCUCUGAGGGUCUGAAGAGAAAGUCCCCAGCAGAGUUUUCUUGUGCUACCUUGAGGCUUCUACGGAGCGGGAAGCAUGUACUGCAGAACACGGAUCUACAAAAGUCUCAGGAUGACAAAGCUGCAAUUCAUCAGGAUGGCAGUGGGAAGAAAAUUGAGUGCAUUGGAAGAUUUUGAUCAAAAAUAUACUUUGCAAACAUAAUGAUAAGCAAAUUCAGAAUUGUUAGACCUAAGUGGUGAAUAUACAAUUAGGAUCAUUUCAUGUCUGUUUUAAUCAUGCAUUUGGAAUAGGGUUAGGGAGUGUUUGUGCUAUGUCCCAGUCACUAGACAGCCUACAUAACCUCAAUUUCUGACAAUGCACAUCCUUCAAAGAGGAUUCCCACAAACCUUCAGAAGCUUAAACCAAAGUUAUUCUAAAUCCAUGUGCAUUUCUCAGAAAGCCUUUCCUUUAACCAUUAAACAUAUUAUAACCUCAUAUCCAUACUCAAAUUUUGCAAUGAGGCAGUGGGGCGAAAUGAAAAUCUCCAGCCACAUUUGGGUCAUUGGAGAGAAUAAAGAAUGAAACAAAUUCAAGGUUAAUAGGAUCCAAUUUUGUUAAGCUACAUAAAGUAAGAUUACCCAAUAGCACAAAAAUCCAACCAACUCAAUUAUUGAACACCUACAAUGUGCUAGAUUUCUUUCCCUUCCCUUUUGUGUAUUUCAGAAAAAGAUCAGGUUUAAUAAUGAGUAUUUCUCAUUUGAAUCCAGAGUAACUUACACCUAGAAAUGAAGCUAGAGAGAUCAGUCAGAGGAAAAAGAGUCCAGGAGCCUGGGUUCUCAUCUGAGCUCUAUAAUUAUCUGUGUGACCUUGGACUGUCAUUUCCCAUUCCUAUGCUUCCUUUCACUGCAAAACGAAAGGGCUGGGCUGGAAUAAUCUCUAAUGUCUUUUCUCACUCUAAAUGUCUAUAAAUAUAUGACCUGAAAACUCCAGUAAUGUAAGGCAUCUGCAGCUAUCAAAGGCUCGGCUCCCUAACUGUUAUGUGAUAUCUGGGCCUAAUGAACUCUGCUUUAAGUCCCUCAAGUUCCUGUGGUUGAUAAAGAGAACAGAGGAAAAACAAACAUCCCCUUCUAUUGCUCCAACAGGUGAUUUCAUCACAAGAUGGUGCAGGGUGGAGAUGAGACAUUGUUGUGUGCCUUCACUGUGUAGGACACCCAACCUUCUGCCAGGCAGAGUCCAUGGUUCUGGCCAUGGAAGGAGGAAAGUGGAAAUGAUGUAGUUGACCUAAUGCUUGACGUCACUAAUGAAUGAAACUGUCAGCUGGUUGGCAUGUGAGAAAUGCUGUUAAUCAUCAUAAUCACACCAAAUGCUAGUAUCUUCUGUAUCUUAGCCAGCCUUCAUCUCUGGAAAGCACACACACACUCACUCGUGCAUGCAUGCACACACGUACACACACACACACACACACUUUCUUACAAAAUUCCCUUCCUCAUAAUAUUCUAGAUAUGCUGGCUGUUUUAUGUAGGGGGUUAGAAAUCUUGAUUCUCUUUUGAUUUUUAUAAAAGGCUCUUUAGCUAAAAAACUUAUGGGACAAAAGUCCUUAGCUAGGAGUCAACAACCUACAGCUAGCGGGCAAAAGCCCCCAUCUAAUCAAUUCUAAUCAAGUAAAUGUUGAUUCUCAGUUGAUUCUUAGCAUAGGGUUUUUAGCUAACAAACUUAUGGGACAAAAGUCCUUAGCUAGGAGGCAGUGGCCUACAGCUAGUAGACAAAAGCCCAUUGAAUCAACUCUAAUCACUGUUUAGGUAUGGGAUUGUAUACUUUGAUGGUUUAGAGUUAAUGGGUGGUUGACAUACCAAUCUUGUUAAGAGGUUUUUAAAGAAUUGCUGUAGGAAAAUAUGUGAGAAAUGUUUGCUGAAGGGAAAACUUUUUGUUAAUGGAAACUUAAGAUACAAUCACAGAUAGGUAGAAUUAUAGGAAUGUAAUAAUUGUUUUAGCUGUUAUAAAAAAAUAGUUAUAUCUUAAAUUAAAGAUAGUAAUCACAGUGCAAUUAGCUUAACAUUUCACUAAUUAUACUUUGAAAUGUCAUGCUGUUAGUUUUAAUGAUAUUACCAUGUUCCAUUGUUUACCUAUACUUAGCUAUGGAUAACUUUUGUC